AUGGGGGCUCUGAGUAAAAUAAGAACUGCUUUUAAAAAAUAUCCACUUCUCCGUGGUAUGGCAUCUUAUAGUGUAAUUUGGCCAAUUUCAAGUCUUAUACAACAGUCUUUUGAAGGAAAAAAUAUAGACACAUAUGAUUGGUGGCGAAGUGCAAGAUAUGGUUUAUAUGGAUCUUGUUAUGUGGCUCCAACACUAUACAGCUGGUUGACAGUAGCCAAUGUCAUGUGGCCAGGGAAUACAGUAAAAGUUGGCUUAAUAAAAACCUUUGUCGAAACUUUAACAUAUACACCAUUGGCCAUGUGCAGUUUUUAUUUAAUAAUGAGUUUGUUGGAGAUGAAACCUUUUCAUGAAGCUGUUGCAGAAGUUAAAGCCAAGCUUUUGCCAACAUAUAAGGUUGGUGCUUCUGUAUGGCCUACUAUCGCUAUGAUAAACUUUUGUCUUAUUCCUCCAAGAAACAGAGUUCCUUUUAUUAGUAUAUGCAGCCUCAUAUGGACAUGUUUCUUGGCAUACAUGAAACAAAUAGAUAAAGAAAGGGUUAUUAUAGAAUCUCCUGUUAAACUUUUAAAAGUUAUAUGA